AUGGAUAAUUUGAGAUUUGACUUUCUAAGAGCUUUUCUGAAGAUGUUCGCAGCUGCACUCUGCAUAGCUCUCCUCACUGGAGCUUCCUGCUCCCCAGCUCCAGACCAGCACGCACGUGGAGUGGACUGGUUGAUCCGUUAUGGCUACUUACCACCUUCUGACUCUCCGGUUGGCCGACUGCAGACAAAGGAGGGGAUUGAGAGAGCGGUCCGCGAGAUGCAGCACUUUGCUGGGCUGAAAGAGACGGGACAGUUGGACAGUACCACUUUGGCCCUAAUGGGGACUCCUCGCUGCUCCCUGCCAGACAUCCUCAACCCUGAGGAUCUAAAGAUGAAGAAAAAGAGGAGGAACAUGAGAAAGACGAGAUACAGUCUGUCAGGGAUGAAAUGGGAUAAGACUGAUCUCACCUGGAGUGUGGAGAGUUACCCAUCUCUCUCUCGUUCUCCCUCCCUAUCGCCCGCCCUAGUGGAGCUCAUCUUCUCCUAUGCUCUGAAAGCGUGGAGUGACGUGGCCCCUCUCAGCUUCACUCGGCUCUCCUCCCCCUCCCCACAGGCCCGGCCCCCUAGAGCAGACAUUAAAAUCAACUUCACCAGUGGCUUCCAUGAAGAUGCAUAUCCCUUUGAUGGCAGGGGCGGCACGCUGGCCCACGCUUUCUUCCCAGAAAUUGGUGACAUACAUUUUGAUGACGAGGAGAACUGGAGCUAUGGAGCUCCUGGCAAAAGCACAGAUCUGUUCACUGUGGCAGUUCAUGAGUUUGGCCACGCCCUCGGCCUCGCACACUCCUCCUCCAGACACUCCAUCAUGAGGCCUUAUUACACUGGAGCAGUGGCGGACAUCCCAACUUAUACACUCCCUGCUGAUGACAGACUUGGCAUACAGACACUUUAUGGACUAAGAAAAGAUCAGACUCCACAUCCCUCUGUUGACUCACCGAUACCAAAUCUGCCCCGCCCUCCCAGCACUCCACCCCCACCCCCACCUUUCCUGGAUCGAUGUCAAGGAGGUUAUGAUGCAGUUGCAAACAUCAGAGGAGAAUUGUUCUUUUUCAGGGGUCAAUACUUCUGGAGGGUGCAUCACUCUGGCUCUCUGGUGUCUUUUAUACCUGUUCUAAUCCACAGCUUCUGGAUUGGUCUUCCUCCAGAAAUCGUUAAAAUCGAUGCAGCGUAUGAAAGAAGUGAUGGCCACAUAGUUUUCUUUAUCGGUAAUCAGUUUUGGGCCUUCAAAGACAGGACAGCUCUCCCUGGGUAUCCUCGGCCACUGACGGAGUGGAGACUGCGGAAUUCUGCUGGAGAUGCUCCACGGCAUGUAGAUGCUGUGUUUGUGUGGCCUCACAAUGGGAGGACCUAUGUUUUUAGUGGUGGAGAAUACUGGAGGUUUGAUGAGGUGGAUUCAGACAGAAAGCCUGAGGCAGGCUAUCCCAAAUCUGCCUCUGUCUGGGGAGUGACCUCUGACCCUGAUGAUGUCGUUGGCAUGCGAGAUGGAGAUACUUAUUUCUUCAAGGGUUCAUCCUACUGGGUGCUAAAAAAAGGCAGACUGGAUGAGGACACCGCUGCUGCAAAGUCCAUCGCAUCUGACCUGAUGAAAUGUGAUGAUUUCUUAAUUUCCACUCACAAACCCAAGAUGCCAAGUUCCAAAGACAGAAAAUGUGUCUGUAACACAAGUGGGACAGCUUCAGUUCUGUCAUCUCUUUGGCUUAUUAUCCUAGUUGCCACAGUAGAUUUAUUUUAUAUUAGUAUUUAUAUACCUUUUACUGAUGUAUAGUUCUUGAGUUAUUGAUGUAAAGUUUCCACUCAG